UACGCAAGAGACAAAACGCUUGCUUGCUGGGAAUAGUGGCGUAUGAAUAAUAGACACAUCCAUGGGUGGCUGACCUAACAAGAUGCCACGGCCAACAUACCAGCCACUGGAUGACUCAGCAGAGGUGGACCCUCUGCCUGUGGCUGGUCCAUCUGCAGCAGCAUUUUCAGGCAACAGGGACAUCAUCAGAGACAGAGCUGGUGCUGCUACAGCUCUGGCAGAGGGUGCGGCAAUCUCCGUGAACAAUGACGGCGGGACCGAGGCCGGAGCGGAGGCCGCCCCCGCACGAGACCGUCGGAGGCGGCGUCCCCGGCGGAAGCGCUCCGUGCCGCCACAAGACCCCAUCAUCGUCGACACCGAGUACAAGACCGGACACUACAUCGACGGAGCCUACGAGAGCCUCGACUAUGAGGUGGUGCACAGUAAGAUGAACGUCAUCAACCGGCUCAUCAUCUCGUCUUACGGCACCGUCUGGGUACAGAUCAGCCGGCUGCUGGCUUGCUGCAUCAUCGGCUCCAUGACGGCACUCUGCGCGGUCUGCCUCAGCGUAGCCAUCGAACAGACUGCCAAGCUCAAGUUCAGCCUCGUCAAACACUACCUCUACCACUGCGAAGGCUGGCGCUGCAUGGUCGUCCCGUUCUCCAUCUGGCUGGCUUUCAACCUCUUCUUCGGCGGCGUCGCCUUCUACAUGGUGUACUUGGAGCCGGUGUCGAUCGGCAGCGGCAUUCCGCAGAUCAAAUGCUACCUGAACGGCGUCAAGAUCCCACGUUGCGUCCGCCUCAAGACGCUGUUCGCCAAACUGGUGGGGGUGUACGGCUCAGUGAUGGCCGGUCUACCCGUCGGCAAGGAAGGCCCCAUGAUCCACUCUGGCGCCGUGAUCGCGGCCGGCUUCUCCCAGGGCAAGUCAUCGACGCUGAAGUUCACCACGCCGCUGUUCAAGUUCUUCCGGGAGGACCACGAGAAGCGCGACUUCGUGGCCUGCGGCACGGCUGCCGGCGUGGCAGCGGCGUUCGGCGCACCCGGAGGCGGUGUGAUGUUCGCCAUCGAGGAGGGCGCCAGCCACCUGCACCAGGACCUGCUCUGGCGCUUCCUCUUCACCUCGUUCCUGGCCACCUUGGUGCUGAAGCAGCUGCUGAGCGUGGUGUACGGACACCCAGGUGAGCUGCUGUUCAGCGGCCUGCUUGACUUCGGCGCGUUCGGCGAGGGACGCAUCGACGCCAUCGGGUACGAGGGCGCCGCUUACGGCCUGAUGGCCAUCGUGCUGGGCCUGCUCGGCGCCCUUUUCGUCUUCCUCAACGUCCGCAUCAGCCUCGUGAGGCGCAGGUGCCUUACCAGCUGGCCGCUGCGGCUGGCGGAGGUUCUGCUCGUGUCCACCUGCAUGGUGCUGAUGGUGGCCCACCUGGUGAUGGUGACCGGGGAGUCACAGCUGUACGGACACAGCAUCGACGCCUUCAUCCUGCGGUGUCGCCUGACGCCGGACGUGCUGGGCAUGACGGACCUGCUGCUGCAGACGCCCGAGGCCAGCCUGCGCAGCCUGCUCCACUGCAAGCCCGGCACCUACCACGUGCUGCCGAUGGGCCUGUUCGCCGUUUACUACUACGUGUUCACGCUGUGGACGUACGGCCUGCCGGUGCCCAGCGGCGUGUUCAUCCCGUCGCUGGUGGCGGGCGCCGCCUUCGGCCGCUUCUUCGCCGUCCUCCUGUUGACCUACCUGCCGGAGGCGGAUUGGGUGGACCCGGGCAAGUUUGCCCUGUUCGGCGCGGCAGCCAUGCUGGGAGGUGUGGUGAGGAUGGCCAUCUCGCUCACCUUCAUCAUCGUGGAGGCGGCCGGCGUCAUCAGCUUCGGGCCCGUGCUCAUGUUCGUCCUCAUCAUCUCCAAAUACGUCGCCGACUGUUUUAAUGAGAGUCUGUACGACGCGCAUAUCGAGCUGGACGGCAUCCCGCUGCUGAGCUGGCGGCCGCCACCCGAGAGCGAGCACGUGCUCGUCACAGACGUGAUGGCCGCCCCCGUCCGCUGCGUGCACACCUGCGAGACGGCCGGCGCCAUCUACGAUCUGCUCGACUCGUGCGCGCACAACGGCUUCCCGGUGGUGGACCCGCCGGCGCCCGGUGAGGAGAGCGACGAGGCGCCGCCGCCGCUGGAGCCGUGCCACUCCGACUGCUCGGACCAGGAGGCGAGCCCGGCGCCGGAGCGGGCGGCGCGCGCCGUGCACGGGCGCUGCGCCCACCACGGCCGGUACCGCGGCCUCAUCCUGCGCUCCCAGCUCGUCGAGAUCCUCAAGCACAAGGUGUACCUGGAAGAGGUGCGCAGCAGGGGCGCCGUGCUCUACAACGAAGAUUACCCGCGCUAUCCGUCGCACACGGAGGUACACCUGUCGGCUGACGAGCGGCGCAUGCACGUCGACCUGGCGCACUACAUGAACCCCGGCUGCACGGUGGUGCUGCAGUCGGCUAACCUGCCGCGCGUCUACGCGGUGUUUCGCGCCCAGCUGCUCCGCCACAUGGUGGUGGUGAACAACUCGAACCAGGUGAUCGGCAUGGUGACGCGUAAGGACCUGGCCCGCUACCGCGCCGGCGGUCCCAUCUGGCGGCGCGCCGUGCACCGGCUGCCGGUGAGGCGGCCCCGACCGCCGGCCACCGCCGCCCAAGGGUGCUCGUGCGGCGAGCAGUCCGGUCCGAGCGCCGCCGUCCAUCACGAGGACGUGCACUUUGGCCGGACACCGCUGGCGGAUGUCGACCCGGGCUUCACGCUGCGUGUGCGGUUUGGUCGAGCUGACUGUCCGCUGAGCGAGGCGGACAGCGCCGCCGACAAGCUGCCAGACUGCGAUAAACAGCUGAAACCGAACGCUACAGAGAGGUGA